AUGUCCGUCGUCUACGAGCCUAGAAACUUCAUGCACGACGGGUCAUACCCUCCCAUCGGGGACCCAGACCAUGACCACAAUGACCCGACGGCGCAGUACCAGGCGUCCGACGUCCCGGAGCUUGCCUCCUACAACCCCACAACGUCAAUGCUGGGAGACGACCGCUCUCUAAUGCCUGAUGGCCUCGGCGACACUACCAUCGAUGUUCCAGAUGCCACGCGACUCGACCUCUCCGCGCCGCCGAGUCUCGCCUCGCUCCCUCCGAACUUGCCUCCCGCUAUGCCUGACCCGCUGCCCUCGAACAACACCGUCGUCACACCCCACAAGGACGAGGCCGAGGCGUCAACCCCAUCAUCGAGGGUCAAGUGCAUACCAAAGCCCGAGCGCGAGGUCACCAAGCAGGCAGAUGGCAAGUUCUAUUGCACGUUCCCGGGAUGUACGGAGGAGACCCAGGUCUUCACCCGGAAGUGCGAAUGGAGCAAGCACAUGGACAAGCACGAGCGACCCUACCGAUGCGCCGCCGAAGGCUGCGAAAAGCUGCCUGGAUUCACUUACUCCGGAGGCCUCCUGCGUCACGAGCGCGAAGUACACGGCAAGCAUGGCGGACCCAAGAAUACUGUCAACUGCCCUCACCCGAAUUGCAAACGUCACACCGGCAAAGGCUUCUCAAGACAAGAGAACUUGAACGAACAUUUGCGCCGGGUACAUACCAGUGACGGUUCCAGCACCGUUCAGGACGACGUGCAGACUGGCAGCGACGGCGACAGCGAGAAGGGUCUCAUGGGUAGCCUCGUCAACAUGGGUGGCAGUAACAAGCGCAAGCGCUCGCGCAAGAGCUCGGAUGCUGGCUUUGAGGAGCUGCGCGAGGAGAUCAAGCGCGUGCGCAUGGAGAACGAGGAUCUGCGCCAGCAGCUCGAGAGACACAACCAGCACAGCUUCGCCAUGAUGUCGCAAAUUGCGGAACUGCAAGAGGCGCUGCGCACGAAUCUCGACGCCGCUGGGCUCACUGCUCCCACUGCCACGAUGUUGUAG